AUGGAGGAAGAAAUUAGUGAAGAGUUUAUAAGCCUAUGGAUGGAGAACAAAAUAAGUUUUUCAAAGUACAGCUUUAAGAGCUUAUGGAAUAAAAGUUACAACAACGUGGUUCAAAAAUGGUUGCAUAAUAUGAGUAACAAGAUACUGUUUAUAUACCUGAUGGAGUGUGACGAGGAGACGAAAUUAAAUUUCUCUUUGGACUUUUCCACCGAAAUUAUAGAAGAAACAAUUGAAGAAUACAUUUUGUUUUUAAAAAUUAACAGCAAAAAAAUAACACAAGACAAUAUAGAUAGCGUGGUACUAUACAAUAAGGUGAACUGCAAAAUAAAGGAAAACAUUUUAAACUUAAUGGACAGAGUAUUUAUACCUAUGCUGGACAUGAAAAACAGCUCUCCGAUAAACAUACAAAACGACUUCAACAUCACAACUAUCGAAUUUAUGACGUACAUAACACAGUUAUUUUCUAAAAACAAAUUAAUUUACUAUCCAAAAUUUUCAGUCGACGAGAUUCAUUUGUUCUCGGCUGACAAAAAUUAUAUUCAGUUGCUCGAAAAUUUGGUGGACCACUGGAUUAAUGACAUCCAAAAGCUGUUUAGCAAUAUCUACGACAAAGAAAUAAACUACCUGACGCUGAGUGAGUAUAUUUCCGACGUAGAGAAAAAGCAUGGCAUUUUAAAGGACCUCCUGGAAGAACUCAACUUAGAUGCAAUAAACUGCAUCUUAAACGUUUUGGAGAAGAACAACUGCGCGAAUAUAAAAACAUACAACGGGUUGAUGACACAGAUAAGGGAAAAGUGCGAGAAGCUGGAAGAGAAGCUGAAGGCGCUAAAAAUUCUGGAGGAACCCUUUACCAAUUUAAAUGAUGAUGUGUCUAUCGACCAUGUGUACAACAUUUUGCCCAUUAUUGUAAAUAGGCUGAAACUAAUUUUUACCUUUUCGAAAUAUUACAAAGAUUCGGAUCAGAUAAACAGCUUGAUAACUCUGCUAUUAAAUGAGUUCAUUAAGAAGCUGCAUAAUUAUAUCGACCUUUCUAAAAUGUACACUAGGGAGGUUAGGCAAUUGUCUGAGACGCUAGACGAGUGCAUCAACUUUGUGUUUUACUGGAACUACCUGAUGGAUAUGUCGUUUAACCAAUCGAACGAGGAGAACGCUCCCUUCAACUCUAUCAUGCGCCAGAUGAAUCUAUCCAAUAUAACAUCCUUCAAGCAGAAGUGCGCGGACCUGAAAGAAAUCUGUUUCGCGUGCGAGCAAUUCCUUUUUUGCGUGAAGGAAAAAGACAUAAAAACACUUAGUUAUGAGCACUAUCACAUAAUCAAGAAAGGGUUCAAUGAUAUUGAAUCCACCUUCUUCAAUGAGCUAAAUCGAAUACGAAACCUAAAGUACAACAUUCUGAGCAUAAAAAAUAAUGAAUGGAACAGCGAUUUUAAAAAGACAAAGGAAAUAAUAAAAGUGCUAGAAAGUAUAUUCAUCAAUUUAAUUAAAAUAUCGUUUGAAAAUUCCAUCAACUUCGAAACAACCAUUUUCCUAUUUGACAAAUUCUACACCCUAGCAAUCACAGAAAAUAUAAAAUCGUUCAUGAAUAAGAAGGUGGUAGAUUUAUGGAACGAUUUUGUACAGUAUAUAGACACGUACUCCAAAUAUUUUGCGAAUUUUCUGGACAACCCAUUCAACUAUUUCUCCUACAACAUCAGAUAUGAAUACCACUCUUCCUGUAUCAUGCUCGCAAAAAAUAUCAGCAUAAAGCUGCAUAGGACUUUUGACAAACUCAAUAGCCUCUUUUAUCUCCCAAAGGUAAAGGAACAAGAAGUGGCAUACGAGAAGUAUUACGAUUUGCAGAAUUCAAUAAAUACAUACAUAAAACAGAUUAAUAAUAUUUGGAUUAAUGAGUUAAAAACAAUUGCGUCAAAGAAGAACAACUCGCUUGUUAACACGCUUUUAGAUAAUUCCAUUCUGAUAAAGGUGAAGGAAAAGUACCUGGAGAGCACAUAUAACAUGGACAUAAAGAAAGUACUCUCUGAAGUGAACUUCUGGUUAAAGAUUAAAGACGAAAAGAUAUUUCUCCCUAAUGUGAUUAUUGAAAUAUCUUUUCAUGAGGAGAGACUUAAAACGUGCAAAGAAUAUGUAAACAGACUCGUCCGAAACUAUAACAACAUCUGCAUGAUGUUGAACAGUGAUCAGUACAAAAUAUUUGAAUACGUCCUCAGGAACAUGUAUAGCAACAUUGAGAACACUGUCUUUAAGUACAAUUGGAAUAAGGACAACAUAAAGUUGAGCGUUCUCUUCAACUUCCUGAAUGAGUGUAUCCACAUAAAAUCGAUCAUUGCCACUUUCAAAAGGAAUGAUGAAAAAAUAAAAGAUAUACUCAACGAGAUAGAAAAAAUAUCCAUCAUUGCUAUUGAUGAUAAAAGAACCUACACAUUGGAAGAAUUUGAGGAGGACCAGAAUAUUAACCUCGAGGGGAUAAGAAGCAUUUUACGAGAUAAACACACUAACAUUGUUAAAAUAUUGAAAGAAAUUCUUCUUUAUAUUGAAAAAUAUUCAAACAAAAGCUUAAAUGCUUUCAAGAGCUACAUUGCCAAUAUUGAGAGGAACUACCAGGAAAAGUACUUCAUUUCAGUUAAGGUCUCUCUAUACAACUACUAUAAAUUAUUGACUGAUAAAAUUAGCAACGACGCAGUAGAGAAUUAUCCCUUAUUUAAAAUUUAUGUUACACUCAAUAGUAAAAAAGAAUUUGUUUAUGACUUUUCCCACCAGUCUGCAAAAAAUCUCACUGACGAAAUUUAUAAAAAAGCGUCCGACAUAUUUUUCAGCUUCCCCAAAUUUAGUGUCGUCAUAUUCAAAAAUAGACAAAAACAGGUAAAGAAAAAACUAGCCUUCGCGUUCAGCACUACAAAUGCGAAUGAUAAAGAUAUACAAAACGAUGCAAAGGAAAAUCAACUCAAGAAAAAUGAUAAUAAUAACCAGUGCAGCAAACUGCUAAGUCAAAUUAACAACAUUUACAUCAAUUUUAUGGAGAAGCUCAAAGAAAAAAUAAAGUGGCUCAAGCACUACAAUUUGAAGCUCCUAAGCUUGAAUGAGCAAGAAUUGCUGCACAACCUCCACUCGGCUGAAGAUACUAUGACUUACGUCUACAGCCAGAUAAACGUGUUCAGGAAUUUGGAGGAAAAUAUAAAUCAGGAUAUCGACAAGGAAAUCAUCCUGUUCAUCGAAAUAAACCUGAGCACGCUAAAGAAAGAACUGCUAGCGGACUUCAAAAAGUAUAAAGACUUAUUCCUGGAUUACAUAAGCGCAAAGUGCAAAAAGAAGCUAGAAGAGCUAUAUGCCUUCUUUAAAGAAAACAGCCACAAUCUGCUCAAAACUGCAGUGGACAUAAACGAUCUGAAGGAACACAACGCUCUUCUGGAGCACUGCAGUAAGAACUACGCAACACAUAAAAACGAGUUAGAAAAUUUAGAAGAAGACUACUUAAAGCUUAUAGAAUUAAAAGGUGAAUUAAACGAAGAUGAGAUAAUGAAAUUGAAGACCUCUUCCAUCCUGUCCAACAAAUUUGAAGCACUACUGAAAGAGAGUAGAACCAUGUAUCUGGACACUAAGGAAAAAAUGAAAAAUGAAAUUAAAAAUGCGUACAACGAAUUUAACAAGCUAUGGCAAAAAAAGAAAUUAGUUUUUUAUAAAGAAAUACCAAUAAGUAUUGACAACAACCCUAAUGACGUUCUGGAUAUGAUCACCUUUUAUGAGGAUGAAUUGAAGAGCAUCAAGGAGAUGCAGAAAGGACUGAAGAACAAAAUAAGCCUAUUCAACAUAGACGACGUAUGCGACGAACAAAUAAAUGAAAUGGAGAUUGAUUUGAAUCACCUGAAGAGCAUAUGGAAAAUGAUCAAAUUUUGGCAAACUGUUUUCGACUUUGUUAAGAACGUUAGUAUAUUUUUCCUGCACGACAUAGUGAAUGAUCUACUUGUACUGGUGAAGGAAUAUAAAAAGGAACACAUGAGCGAUACACUGGGGUUUAUACAGCAAGAGCAGGAUUCCGAAAGCGACUUGGACAUUUCUAGAGAUGGAGAGAUACAUAGGGAACCAGACCAACUGGAGAGUAGCUACUCAGGCGGCUUCCAUCCUAAUGGACACAAAAAGGAUGAGAAGAAUGCACAAGAUGAAGAAUAUGGAAGAGGUCAAGGGAUGGUUGUUCAGGAAGCCAAAAAUUUAAACAUAAAAUUCUUCCUGAAUCAGCUAAAAACAAACUUUCUGGACAUCUUCGAGCAGUUCUUAAUAAAUAUGAAAAGAAGAAACAGCUGGGAGAUAUACAAAGAGCUAAAAAACAACGUCGGAAAGCUCAAGUUUUCACUAAUCCUUGUAGAAAUACUAACAAACGAGUGCAUGAAGUAUAGGCAUUUUAAAGAGAUAGAACUGAAGACAAAUGUCCAGUGGAACCUCAGCAGCAUCACCCUAAAUGAUAUAAUAGAACAAAAGUUAUAUAAAGAAAUAAAGUUUAUCACCAUCCUGUACAACAACGCAGAGAAGGAAAUGCUCAUAGAAAAUAACUUAAAAAAAAUCAUUAAGAAAUACGAAAAUAUGAAAUUGUCAAUACAGAAUUGUAAAUCUUCUCUACUAAUACAAGAUACAGAAAAGAUUUUUAAUAACAUCAAUGAAGAUCUUUUCGUUCUUAAUAAUAUUAAAAUUUACAACUUUGACAUAAAUUUUUUAAAAAAAACAGAAAAGUGGGAAGGAAUAUUAGGCAACCUAUAUGACAAUCUAGAAAUUGUAUUUUUCAUUCAGAAAAAAAAUGAAUACUUAAAAUCCAUUUUGUCUUCUUCCGACGAAAUGAAGCCACACCUGAAUAAGAUUUACGAGCAGUACAAUUUGUGUAAUCAGAGAUUUGUGAAAAUGAUUAAGAGCUUCCAAAAUGGGUAUGUGCUGGACAAAAUUAACAACUGUAAUAAUGUGUGCACAUUUUUGCAAAUACAGAAACAGCUAAACUUUAUAGAGAAAUCUUUAGAGAGUUAUUUGGAGAAGAAGAAAAGUUCCUUCCCUAGAUUUUACUUUUUAUCCAAUAAAGAAAUUUUAGAAAUACUUGGCAUAUAUAAAAAUCCAAUGUUGUUAAAAAAAAAAAUACAGAAAAUAUUUUCCUCCAUUUAUUCUAUGGAAUUUGUGUCCUCAGAAAAAAAAACGCAUUUUCAAAAAAAUAAUUCAAAGUGUGGUGUUGCUGCAUACGAUUACAACAAAAGCAGCGUCAGUUUUAAUUACAAAAAAGGGGCUCAUAAAAUUACCUCCAACUAUAAUAAGGAUAAAAUUCAAAGGGACGAAUUUCCCAAUACAUAUGAGCAGGGCAUCACAAAUGUAGACAAUGCAGAUAUUAACUGUUCGUCCUAUUUUGACAUUUAUAUCUUUUCUCAAUACAAGGAAAAGAUAAAACUACACAACAAGAUGAAACUAAAUUAUGAAUCCUCAACUAUUAUUCUAAACAAAUUGGAAGAAAAUAUCUUCGAAACAUUGAAGCUGGAUUUGGUAAAUGUACUGCUAGAACUCAAAGAAAAAAAUCUGAAGAACUGGAUCUUGAACAACCCUCAGCAGCUAGUUUUGGCCAGCAAGUGCAUCAAUUUUACCAACGAAUAUGAACACUUUCAAAUUCAAAUUAACAAAGGGUCACACAUUUUCGUAAACCAAAUGAAAAAGCAAAACCAUAAAGAGCUACUUUUCCUCACAGACUUGAUAAAAACUAUCAAAGAUAAAAAAAAUUACAUAAAAAUCAGCGCCUUGAUUAUCCUCGAAAGUUAUUACAAAGAUGUUGCAGAAAAACUGAUCAAAAAUAAAAUAGAAUGUAACGACAACUUUUUGUGGAUGUGUCAGCUGAAAUAUAUUUUGUCUGAGGACGAGUAUGACGAAAGUUCCCAUUUUCAGAAAAAAUUUUCAUCCAACGAUGUGACGGAAAAGGCAGAUUUUGUGUGUGCAGAAGAUGCUAACAAAAAUUCCUACAAAAAGGGCAGCAGUCGUCACGACCUAGAGCUGGAGUUGCCCCACGUUAAAGGUGCAACCCAUGUUGAUGACGGGGCAAACGAGACAAAUGCAGCGUCAACAAUCAGUACAAAUGAGAGGAACAAGAACAUCGCGCACCUCUCAGUGAGAAAAUCUGUCAAUAGCAAAAAUUCGUCCACUGCGGUGGAAAAAUAUACGAAACGGGACAAGUUCACUGCAAGUACAGGCGGCAGAAAAAUUGGCAACCGCUCAAGUGUAAAUGCAAAAGGUGCUGAAGAGGGAAGCGCUAACGGCGUUGCGAAUGCAGGCAUCCUCGAAAAGGAGGAGGAGCAGGAUAAGGGAGAAAAUGAGGCAGAAGAGGAAAAAGACGAAUACGAAGAUGAAGGGCAAGAGGAGCGAGACGACGAAGUAAAAUCAGAUACAAAAAUGGAAUCGAUGGAGGAGGGGAAAGAGAAGGAUGAGAACAACGCAGACGAGGAAGACGAAGAGGGAGAAGCGGAUGAGGUAAACGACGCAGAUGAAAAUGACGAGGUGGAGGCGGCAGACCAAAUAGAUGAGAUAGAUGAAGCCGACGCGGAAGUGGAGAAGAGGGAACCCCCAGGAGAAGUAGCUAAAACAUUCCAAAAAGGAAUCCUGUCCAAGAGAAAUAAACCCGCAAAAGAUCACCUGGGAGAAAACCUCGACAAUGUAGCUGCGAAGGAUACCCUCAAGACAGAUAAUCUAAACGCAACUGAUCUGGCCAAUAAAAAUAACAAGCAACUAAAGUAUCUUAAAACGAUAAAUCUGAUGAUAAAUAAAUCCAUGACCUUAUAUUUACACUAUUUCAACAACAAGAAAAAAUACGCCUAUGAGUACCAGGGAAAUACAAACAGGUUAGUCAUCACCCCUUUAACCGAGAAAUGCUUCUAUUCCUGCUUGUUCUCCUUAGACAAUUUUUUUGUGAAUGCUAUAAAAGGAGAAACCGGUGUUGGCAAGAGUGAAACGAUAAAAGAUUUUAGCAGAAUUUUUGGGACGAAUAUUAUUUCCAUAAAUUGUAACAAUAAUAACACGUCCAAAUAUAUAGGGAAUAUUUUAUCAGGAAUCCUGCAGUCAGGAUUUUGGUGCUGUUUUGACGAAUUCAACAGAAUAGACGAAAGUGUAAUCGUUAUCGUGGUUGAACAAUUCAGGUGCAUAAAGCACAUCGUGCAGAAGUUCCACUUUGAUAGUAACUGCGCAGACGGUCAACAGGAAUAUAUGAAUUACGAAGACAUAUCUUCCUAUCAUCAAAUGGCGAAAUGGAGACCUACAAUUUGUGCAGAUAAGCUCGAUAACCACUUUUUGAAUACGCAUUGUAGUGAAACACAGGCAGAUUUAUCCAUCAACGAGGAGAAAAAAAAGAACGUUUCUCAAUUCGGUGUGAGGAUAAAUUCGAAGGAGGCAAAUUUUGUAGCCCCAGUGAACAAACCAGGGGGUGAUAAAUCCGGUGAGUGUGGCAAGUCAAGGGAUUUUUCCGAAACGCAAAAGGGGGGGAACAACUAUGGAAGCGGUAUUGGUAAUGGAAACGCCCAGGGAAGCCUCUCCCUGGAUUUCCACUCACCAACAAGCAGCGGACACGCCUUCUUCGAAGGGAAACAUAUUAAGGUAAAAAACAAUUGCUCCAUCUACCUCACACUGUGCAAAAACAAUGACAACUGCUUGUAUUCGCUAGAAAAUUACAAUAACGUGAUUCAGGAAUUCUCCUUUAAGCCCCCCAACUUUCAUCUGAUUUGCCAAUUUUCUCUAAUCUCCAUUGGAUUUAAAAACGCAAAAAAAUUGUCCAAAAAAAUACACAUCUGUUACAGUCUACUGUACGAGUUUCUGUCUAAGCAGGAGCAGUACAUAAUUGACUUGCGAGAAAUAAAGAAGUUUUUAAAUUUAGUGUCUGAAGAUUUUAUCUUAAACAAUAAAAUAAAAAGUGAAGAGGAAAUUAUAUAUGACGCCAUGGUGGAGGUAAACGAAUCCAAAUUGUUGAAGGACGAUCUGGACAUCUUUUACAAUUUCCUCAAGGAAUUAUUUCCACUAGUAAAAAAAAAAACAGAAAAGAACAAAAAUAAUGACCUCUCUGUGAAAAUUAUAACAGACAUUAUGAGCAACAUGGGAUAUACCAUAAACGACUACUACAUAAAUAGUAUUUUAAAAUUGCACAAAAUUAAAAAAACGAAUAAAGGAAUUGUCCUAGUGGGGAAGUCUUGUACAGGAAAAACAAGCAUUAUAAACAUUUUCAAACAUUACUGCGAGAUUGUGAGAAAUGCGAACGUUGUAAGAGGAGGUAACCUAAACUGGAUGGACGAUGAUAACAAGGAUGGGAAGUUCCUACACUAUGAGGGGAAGGUAAAGGGAGACGCCACCUACGACAAUGGUUAUGGCAUCACCAACAAUGGUGAGAUAAAUCGCGCUAUGGACGAUUUUGCCUAUAUUAAUCAAAUAAAUAACGUCCCAUCGAAUGCAUCUCUGAACAGUAAGGGGACGUAUGAAAGCUACAAUUUGCUUUAUCCGGUCAACCUGUUUUCUAAUAAGUACAAAAAUCAGGGGAAUGCAAACAUGAUGGGAAAAAACAACAGCAGCAAUAGUGGAAGCCACAGCACCAGUCAUAAUAGCCUAAGUGGAAGUGUUAAAAAAUUGAGCAAAAUUAGCAGCGCAUUUUCAAUGCAAAGUAAAAAUUCUACAGGGGCACUACUCGAUUUUUCAAACAAGUAUAAGAAAAAUAUUAACACGAAUGAUUAUUCUGUAGACAUAACUGUCUUUAACCCUAUGUCGACAGAUGUGAAGAAGUUGUAUGGGUACUACAAUUCUGAGAAGGAGGUGUACGAAGAUGGCAUUUUGUCCCUAAUAAUGAAAAGGCUAUUUGAGAAUAAUAACAGUAUGAGCGAGAAGUGGUUAAUUCUGGAUGGACCAUUGGACAUCCUUACGACUGAACCGUUGCACUCCCUAUUGGAUGAAAAUAAAGUACUAACGUUAAUAAAUGGAAAUAGAAUAAAAUUUGCAGAUAAUGUAUUUAUAUUUUUUGAGAUUGAAAAUUUAAAAAAUUCUGCUCCCUCUUUUAUAAGUCGAUCUAAAAUUGUCUACAUGAAUGAGGAAGAAUUUAACUACGAGUGGUUGAUUGAGAGUUACUUGCAGAGCAAUUUUCCCAAUGUAGAGGAGAAAAACCUGGUGCAGGGAUUUUUCAACAAAUAUAUAAAAAAAAUUAUGAAUGCUAAGAGGAAUAAAUAUAACUUAAUUAUCGAUGUGAGUGACGCGCAUGUUAUUAUAUCCAUCUGUCAGUUGUACGACAUGCUGUGCAAUUUGUAUGAUAAAAAUUUCCCAAAAAAUCUGAACCCUUCCUUAUGCCUAGAAAAAUUAUUUCUCCAAUCUAUUAUUUACACCUUCUGUAACAUUUUAUGCCCCCAAAGUAAAAAGUCUCUGGACCUGCUGAUCAAAAGUAUAGACAACAGCUUCCCACAUUUACACACCGUUUUUGAUUACAUAAUUAGUAAGAACAACUUUAACUGGGUGCUAUGGGAUGAGCUGAUCACCACGAAUCAUAACUUCUUACCCAACGUGAAGGAGAAGUUUUUUUCCUAUGACAAUUACAACUUUGGUAAAAAUGAUAGCUCCAUGAAAUAUAUGAGUAUGAAUCAACUAAGUGAAACAAUAAACCCUGAGACGGAUUUUAAUAAAUUCUUUCUCAGCAGCAAUUUACACGUUAGUAAAAAUUUCAACAAGUACACCAUCAACUAUAACAACCUCUUCAGUGACAACGAUAAUAAAAAUACCCUGAACGUUUAUCAGACUUAUCACACCAAUUUUAUACACACAAAUGCAAACAACAUGAAUGACGCCAGUAUGCUAGAAAAUUAUCACAUGUUUAGCGAUUACUCUAAGGAUAACGUCUACUCGAACAAUAACUACCUCGAUUCGGACCUCUUCAACACAUACAGCAAAAAUAAUAUGUCCAAUAAUUUUUUCUCAGAUAAUAGCUUUUCAAAUAACAAUUUUUCCGAUAAUUUAUUAUCCUAUAGAAAUAAUAAGAGAGAAAAAAAUAACCUCGAAAACGGACAUCAUGAGGAAGACUACAAUGUGCUCAAUGACAAUUUUAUCGAGAGCUAUAAUAAGUCUUCCUCCCUGAAAGAUAUUUACAACCAAAAGGAUAAUCUUACCCAAAAUGGCACACAAAAAACCAAGGAAAAAUAUUUCCAUCAAAAAUUCAAUGACAAUAUAUUUAUAGAAAAUGUAGAAUCGUUAAGGAAAAAAAAUAUUAUUAACAUUUUAAUGUACAACAAAAAGAAUGUCCUGCUCAUUGGGAAUAAAUUUAGUGGAAAAACGUUCUUCAUGAAAUAUAAUAUUUUGCCCUAUAUGAAGGAAGACAUAUCCAGCUAUUACACCUUCAUUUCCAAGCUCUGCAAUUCGAACAAGCUGGAAAAAAAAAUUGAAAUGAAUGUUGAAAAGAAGUGUAGAAAUAUAUAUAAACCGGUGGGGAAUAAAAAGUGCCUGUACUUCAUCCUCGAUGACUUGAACAAUCUGCAAAAGUAUGACUCCUCUGGGUUGGAUUACUUCUCCGAUGGUAACAUCAACAAUCAGGGCAGUGGAAGGAAUGCCCUCUUCGACUUCAACAUUAACAGGAAGUGCAUUUCAAAGAAUAACAACCCUAAUGGAGACAAUUCAGAGAUACAAAAUGGAAGCUCCAUGAAUAACACAAGCGUCUUUGAGUUCCUAAACCAAUUCAUUGACUACAACAUGUACUAUAAUAAGGACAACGGGUCUGUUAAGAAUGUGGAAAAUUUAUUUUUCUUCCUGAUAUAUGGAAAUAACAGAAAAUGUGCUUCCACCUUUAACAGGAAAUUGAUAAACAGACUACACGUUGUACAUCUGAACGAGAUGGACGAAGCAUGCAUGAAAAAUACUUUCCACGUUUUCCUAAGACAUAAAUUCUCUAAUUUCCAUGAAGUGAUAAAAAAUUUGGCUGAACCUCUCUCCUCGUCAACUAUAAAAAUCUUUUUCGAUGCUGCCAAAUAUUUCAAAGCCAACUUAAAUUGCUAUCACUACUUUUUCCACUUGAAGCAUAUAUUCAAAAUAAUGAAAGGCAUGUACCUUUCGGAGGCUCCCAUAUAUGAAGAGAAAGAAAGUGUACUUAGACUUUGGGUUAAUGAAUGCUUUCGCUCUCUUGGGGAUCAACUAAUUUUAAAAAAUGAAAGGCAAAAAUUUAAAAGCAUUUUAAAAAAUAUACUACAUAAAAAAUUCUACGUAGUUUAUAAUUAUCUUUUUCCCAAGAAGAAGACCUCAUAUUUCUGCUCCUACAAUUUUCAUGAUACGAAAAAUGAGAACCCCUACUUCUUCUACCAGCCUGUGUCCAAUGAAAAUGUCCUCAUCGAAUUUUUCAGGGGAGUUGUAUCUUCUUACAACACUUUUGUUCUGUGCCCUUAUUACAAGAAGAAAAAUGAGUACUUCAAAAAUCAUGAAGCAGAUGUGGGUACUGCCCGCACCGGCGGCAUCGGGAAGAAGGACACUCCUUGUCGCAGCGCGCAGAGGCCAGUGGCCUCCAGGGAAAACAGCCUAUAUGAGAUGUUCCAACACGCGGACGACUACAAUGGGGGAAGUAACUAUGAAAAUGCGGAGAGAAAUGGCUUCACAGAUGGAGAGACAAAUGGCUUCCUCGAUGUACAGCGAAAUGACUUGGCGAAAGGCGAACCAAAUGAACACCCCAUGAAUGCCUCGCUGGACAAAUCGCAGAAGAUGUCCCAGGAUAUAGCCGUACUCGUGAGUAAGAAUGACAACGAUUUCAACAAUAUUUGCACACCCAUCAAUUUUAUACUGUUUAAAGAAGCCAUGAUAAAUAUAUGCAAAUUUUCCAGAAUCUUUCUCUUCGAAAAUGAGCACUUCAUAUCGAUUGGAGACAGCGGCCCGGGCAAAUUUACGUGCUGCCUAAUUGCGUGUUUUAUAUAUCAAAUAAAAAUUCAUGUAAUUAAAAAUUUCCACUAUGGCAAUGCCAAUGUUGGGAACUGGGGUGAUGAAGGUGGAGAUGGAUUACUCGAUGGGGGACACGAUGUUAGCGGAUACAAUGGGAAGGCGCCCCCUAUAGUUGGAAUUAUGGAUACUGAGGAGAGGGAAAAAAGUCAAGUAAGCCAGGUGAACGGAGAGAAAGGAAUUAAUGUCACACAGAUAGGUGUGGAAGCACAACUUGAAGGGGAAACUAGCAAGGGGGACAAUCCGCACGGAGAAUGCCAGCCUGAAGAGAGACAAAACAAAGAGGGAAAUCAGACAAACCAUAUUGUAAACACUAUGGAGAGGAAUACACCUAUUUUGGACAAAGAAGAAGCGAACAAAUUUAACUCGAACUCAAUAAGCGCAAAUAAAGGCGUGUCCAUGAUAGAAAAACUAAAGUGUAAUUAUUUCAUAAAAAAAUUUAAAGAAGCCAUUUUCAACUGCUAUAAGAAGGAAAAAAGGUGCGUUCUUUACUACCUGGACGAUAACAUGAGUGAUAAUAUUUUGGAAUUCCUCCACGAGCUCUACAACAACGUCAAUAUAAUUAACAUAUUUAACAGUGAAGAAAUAGCGUACUUGAAAAACAUCUUCCUGCAGAAUGAGAUCGGCUUUAAAAACUUCGAUACACUAAGCGAAAUGGUGGAGGAACUGAUCAAGACAAAUUAUCACUACGUCUUAUUUACCACAUUGAAAAGUAAAAUGUUUAGAAAAAUAUCCAACGAGUAUAAUGUUAUCCUGAAGCAGUCGACAGUCAACUACUUCUGCUCAUGGAAAAAUGUUUCGUACAAUAUAAUUGCACAAGAAACGCUCAAAAGGUAUAACCUAAAUGUGGACGUAUUUAGCAAGCUGCACAACACAGCAUUGAAAAUGUUCGAAUGUGUCUUACACCAUUUGGAGGAGAAACUAGAAAGGGAGAAAAAAGAAAAGAAUUUUUUCCUCAACGAGUUUAGUAGUCACACAAACUUUAGCGAUUAUCAGAGAUGUAAAAACGCAGGUGAAAAAAUUUUUGGUGUCCCUAAUCUAGAUGAACAGAAUAGAAGAUACGAAAAAAACUCCACGUUAACCAAGUCCAAAAAUGCUCUACUAGAGGAAAACAAACAAUCCAUGGAAAUUAAGAAUAGCCUCAAAAUUAACACCAAGGAAAGCUGCCAUAUGAACUCCAACCAAACGAAGAUCAUCAUGCAAAGUAAGAAAACAAUUACCGAUGGUACGGAAGAAAACAUUGAAGACGGAGAAAAUAAAAAUGAAGACGAGGCAGAGAAUAAUAUAAAAUAUAUUAGAAACUCCAAAAUUGUACAAGACAAACUAAACAUACAAAAGUAUAUAAAUUUUAAACACUUUUUCAACUUUUUACAAUUCUUCGAAAAAUUGUAUAAAAAGAAAUUUGAAGAAACGAAUAACCAAGAAAAGAAAAUUAACAUAGCGCUGAGCAAAUUGGCUGAAGCGAGGAACGAAAUUCAAGAAAUGCAAAUUCAGCUAAGUCUGCAGAAGGAAAAUAUAUCCAAGAAGCAAACCGAAUGCACUCAACUACUAAAAGAAAUAGAGGAAAAGAAACAAGAAUCUAAUGAAAAGAAAAAAAAAAUACAAGAAGAUAGCAUUCGAAUAUCUAGUGUCGAGAUAGAAACGCAAAAGCUAGCCGAAGAUGCGAGAAAAGAUUUACAAAAUGCAAUUCCGGAGCUUGAAGUUGCCACACAGUCCCUUGAACAGUUAGACAAAAAAAGCAUAUCAGAAGUAAAGGCUUAUACAAAACCUCCAGACGUCGUCAUGCAAACUUUAUCAAUUGUUAUGAUCAUUUUGAAUAAGACUCCAAGUUGGGAACAAGCGAAAAUUGAACUAGGAGAUGCAAACUUUUUAAACAAAUUAAAAUCAUUCGAUAAAGACUCCAUAUCUGAUAAGACGCUAAAAAAAAUUGAAAAGUUUACCAAAAAUCCAAUAUACUCUCCCAAAGCUGUUAAGAAGGUUUCCUCCGCUACUGGUGCCCUGUGCAUGUGGGUUCACGCUUUAAAAAUGUAUGCACAAGUAUACCGGGAAGUAGCACCCAAGAGGCUGCGCCUGAAGCUAGCUGAAGAGUUACUAAGCAAAAACAGAAAGGAACUCGAGUUAACCAUGGAACAGCUGAACCAAAUUGAAAAAAAUUUACAACACCUGCAGGAACAACAUAAUGAAAGCACCAAAACGAGUGACGAACUUAGCAGGUCAUAUGAAGAAUCAUGUCAAAGGAUUGAAAAUGUAGAAAAAUUCUUCCUCAAUUUAAUGGACGAAAAGAAUAGAUGGGAAAAAUAUGUUAAGGAUAAUGAACGCGUUAGGAAGAGCAUAUAUGGAGAAUCAAUUCUGUCUUCCUUUUUUCUGGUUUACACUGGUUUGCUCAAUUAUGAAGAUCGGAAAUUUUUAAUUUAUGAUGCGUGCUACAAUUUGUUGAUUCGCAACCACAUUUUUGUCAACACCAAUUUUAACGUAGUCGAUUAUUUUAUUGAUCCUAUCCAAUCCCUCGAAUUUAGAACUAAUUUUUUAUCUAACGAUAUAUAUAUGAAGGAGAACUCGAUUUUAAUUAACAACAACUUUCUCUCCACUCUGAUAGUGGAUCCUCAUUACCAGGCUGCCAACUGGAUUAGGAGAAGUUACCUCAAUAAUGGAAAAUCGAUUGUCUUUUCUGAUUUUCAUUCAUCGGACAUAUUUUUUAAAAUAAUUCAUUGUAUGAAUACUGGAACGUCUCUACUAAUCAACUACAUCAAUGAGGACUUGGAGGACAUACUACUUUUAACCAUUAAGAAAUACAACAAGUUCAUUUUGGAUAGGGAAAGCAGUUCGAUGUUGGAUGAUCGUCAAUGCCAAUCUGCAAACGACGCGCUCAUAAGGGAGUACGCUAAGAGGAAGAAAAUACUUCAGGGAGAUUUCGAGGCAGGAUACAAAGGUGGUGCGAACAACAGUGGGGGAGGUGUAGUAAGUACAUUUGGACAAAUUGGCCCAGUUAACGGCCUUAACUUAACCAACGUCUCAGGGGGAAUCGGCAAGAUGGCCUACGAGGAGAAGCUCUACCGAAUGAAGUUGCAGCUUCUGGACGGAAUAAAAAUCCACAGAGACUUCAAGCUGUUCCUAGUGUCUAACAAAAACUGCUUCAGUCUCGAUACGAUGUUUUACACACUCACCACGGUUAUUGUAUUCAGCCUGAACAAAGAGUCUCUCGACAAUAUUCUGCUAAAUGUGAUAAUUAUGAAUGAGGAGAAAAAUUUACAAGAGGAAAAUAAAGAGUGUUUCAUGCGUCUAAUCCGAGUGAAAAAAGAAAUCAUCAAAUUAGAAAACAACAUACUAGAACAUAUAACAAAAAGUGAAAAAAAAAUUACAGAAGAUGAUCAACUAAUUAACAUUCUCCUACAGUCCAAGUCCGAAAUUGAUGAAAAAAAUGGACAACUAGAAGAAGUGCAUGACACCAUUAGCAGAAUGAAUAUGAAUAAAAAUAUGUUUAAACAGCUAGCUAAAAAAGUGGCCAUUUUGUUUACCAUACUGAAUGACUUGAAGUAUGUCAAUAAUUAUUAUCAAUUUUCUCUGGACCAUUUUAUUUCUUUUUUUACCUACUGUAUGAAAAUAUUCAAACAAAAUAAAAAAAUUUCAUCUAGUUCUACUACGGAGAGACAAGAAAUUAUGUUCAACUAUUACUUCUUUGAAUUUUUGAAGUAUACUAAAGUGUCCCUUGCCAACAAGCACCAUCUUUUUUUUGUGUUUUAUUCCUUGUGCAAAAUUAUGAUCUUCGAAAAUAAAAUUUCUCAGGAAGAUUACGACUUCUUCACCUUUGGCAAUGAAGCAAGUGGUGAACAGGUGCACACAAAAUAUCUGAAGAGACUCACCAGGGAGGAUAGCCAAAAGAGCAAGGGGCAUGACAAUGCAGGUACGAACAGGGGUAAGAAAGGGACUAAGAGCAAGCGGAAAAAAGCAGUGGAUGGUGUGGUGAGCAAUGCCGCCGCAGGGAAAGACGCUUCCGAUUCGAACAAUUAUGCGGAUGGGCAGAAGGAGGAAGUGGAAGAUGAUGUUGAUGAAGCUGAGGAGGCAGAGGAAGAAGAGGAGGACGCAGAUGGAGAAGCUGAAGAUGACGAGGAUGAGGUCGAUGUCGAAGAGGAAGACGAUGCAGAGGUGGCAGAGGACGAUCAAAACUGCGACGAUUCUAACCGCGAAGGGGAAAACGCGGACGGAAGUGAGUGCAGCGAAACAGGAGAGCGCACCAAGCAGAGUACGCGCAAUGCGAAGGAAGGUGGAACUAAAAAAGACGGAAACGAAGCGGCAGCGAAGAUGAACCUGAAGGAAAACCAAAAGAACAACAAUGAUGUAGAAAAAGACAAACUGAAGGGAAACUUGAACACCAUGAAUAACAAAAGAAAAAAGCAAAGAAAAAAGAAAAAGUACGAUUCAAAUACUAAAAUGCCAAAUGAUUAUCAAGAAGAGGAUCAUUUUAAUGAGUACUCCGAAUAUGAUGAUACAAAUAGUAAUUGCGGAGCUUCAAAUGAGGAUAAUUUUACAGAUGUGAUUAAUCCAGGGAAUGAUUGGAUAAGUGAAGAAAAGUGGAAAUACCUAAUACACAUCGAGAGGCUGAAAAACUUCGAAGGAUUUAUCAACUCAUUUGUUAAGUCCAUUAGAGAAUGGAGAAGAUGGUUCAAUUUCCUGGAAGUAGAAAAUUAUGCACUUCCAGACGAAUGGGAAUUUAAUUUGAAUUCUUUCCAAAAAUUAAUUAUCAUCAAAAUUUUAAGGCCAGACAGGUUAAACAAAGCCAUAGAAAAUUUAGUGUACGCUAAUGUGUCGUACAACGAUAUUGAGGUAGACCAUAUGAACUUCGAAUUUAUUUUGAGACCCACCAACAGUAUUGACCCCCUGACGAUUAUUUACAAAAAUAAUUUUGACCCCUUCCAAUAUGUGUAUAAUUACGCGCUUGAGAAUAAUCAAAAGUUGAAAAAUUUAACCCUCACAAAUGAGAACAUUCAUUUUGUGUACCAUUACUUGAGGGAUGCCAUGGAGAAUGGACACAUCCUCUUCAUUUCAAAUUUGCAUAACUCCGUUCAGAAUUUGCAUAAGCUAGCCAAGAUUAUCGAAAAUGUGCUAAGCAGUAGUUCUACGUCGGGUCUCACACUCAGCAGUAGCUCCGAUGAAAUUGGCUCUGAUGCGAACACCGUUGGGGUUGUUACCAACACAGGGAUUGAACAGCGGGAGGGAAGCCCCAAAUUGGAAGAACCAGGAAGAGAUGCCACAGAAGGGGAGAACCAUCUGGACAGUUUGCAAAUAGACGGGGGGGAUAUGGACAAGGUGUCUAAUUCCGAGCAAGCCGAUCCAUUGCCAUACACCGCAUUGAUAGAAGAGGAGUACGGAAAUGGCCUCGGUGCUAACUCCCCGCAGACAGAUAUUCUACAGUUGGAGAAAAGCGAACGUGGAAAGAUACAAGUGCACCCAAAUUUCCGCCUGUUCCUAUCCUCCCUGCCGAGUGAACAAUUCCCAACGGAAUUGCUGCAGAAGAGCAUCAUCGUCAUUCUGGAAGAGCCACCAAAUAUAAAAAAAAGCAUAUCCAUUUUGUUCCAAGAGCAAUGGGAAUUGGAAGAAAAUAAAAAUAUCCAGUUAAACAAAUAUAAAAAGUUGAUGCUGAGUUUGUUCUGGUUUCAUUCAAUCCUUAACAAUAGGAAAAAAUUUUACAACUUGGGAUGGAACAGCGAAAAUUAUUUUUUCAAUAACAAAGAUAUCAUGUUGAGUAAGUACAUUUCGCAAAUAUUCUUCAACAAAAAUAUUAAAGAAAUAUACUGGCCUUAUUUCCACUACUACAUUUGUGACAUUAUCUACGGAUCCAAAAUUAAUGACUCCUUUGAUAAAGAGCUCCUAAAUAUAUAUGCAAAUGAAUUUUUCAACAACAAUAUAUUUAAGGGGAAGUAUUUAUUUUCCAGCUGCCCAAAUUAUUACCUUCCCAACGACGUAACAAAUGAGAAAGUGUUGAACAAUUACCUGAAAGAAAUUCCACAUAACGAUAGCGUAGAGAUAUUUGGACAGAAGACAUGUGCUGAAAUUCCUUUCAAUACAAUUGCUUCUGAAGGAAUUGUUUCUCUUUUCUUUCACGUGAAUUCUUUGCACCGCAAUCAAUAUCAUUUCCAUAAUGCGAUAUCGAAUCAUAUUAAUGAGAAGGAGGUGUAUUCCUUUACGAAGAUGCUCCUGCAGGGCAUGCCGCACGAGAUCUAUGUGGACGAUGUGAUGAAGAAACAGUGCAUGCAGGAGCAGUAUGUGUACACCAAUCUCAUGUGCCAGGAAAUUUACAAACACAACUUGCUUCUGCGCAGGGUUCGAAAGUCGAUAGCGAAGGUGCAAUGUGCGCUCAAGGGCGAAACCGUGAUAAAUAAACAAAUUUACAAAACCAUCAGAUACCUUAGCGAAGGAUUAGUGCCAAAUUCCUGGAAGACAUUUUACAUAUCGAAAAAAAGUCUAGUUCCAUUUUUUGAAGAUUUAAACGAAAGAGUAAAUCAGCUAAAUGAGUGGAGCAUCAACGGGACAUUGGCAGUUCAUUGGCUUGGUGGAUUUUGUAACCCCAGAAGUGUCUUAAAAUAUAUUUUAUAUGAAUAUUCCAAAAAGAAUGACAUCAGCCAUGAUUUAAUAACGUUCGAAUUUACUUCUAUUAACAAGUCUGAUGAAAGUAAGCUCAAGAGCAGAAGCGUCGAGGAGGGCAUUUACAUAAAGAAAUUAAUUUUGCAGGGUGCUACAUGGGAUUUCAUCAGCCAGACGUUAAUGGAGACGGACAAUAAUAAUUUGUACUUCAUCAUUCCGACCGUGUAUCUCAAAGUAGUAUUAAAAAAAAAAAGCAAAGAGGACAAUGACAUUUAUUAUUGCCCCCUGUACAUGUGUCAAGAGAAGAACGUUGUAGACAUUAGAGAGAACUACCUGAUGAAGAUAUCGAAAAAGAGAAAAUUUAUCAACGAUGGUGUUUUCCAAGCUGAAUUGAAUGAAUUCUUGGCCCGAAUUUUAGCCGAGGAUGGAUACUCAGGUGUAGAAGUCAGGGUCACACCGAUAAGGACGGAAGUUAUAAUUAGGGCUACGCGUACCAGGGAAGUAUUAGGUGAUAAAGGAAGGCGAAUCAGAGAACUCACAUCCUUGGUCCAGAAAAGAUUCUUCAACAAAUCGACAAACAGUGUUGAAUUGUUUGCAGAGAGGGUAGAGCACAGAGGACUGUGUGCAAUGGCACAAGCAGAGUCACUCAGAUAUAAAUUACUAAAAGGAUUGGCAGUCAGACGUGCAUGCUAUGGUGUCCUCAGACAUAUCAUGGAGUCAGGCGCCAAGGGAUGUGAAGUUAUUGUGUCGGGAAAAUUAAGAGCCCAGAGAGCUAAGAGUAUGAAAUUCCGUGAUGGUUACCUAAUAUCAACUGGAGAACCAUCCAAAAGAUUUGUUAACACGGCUACUAGAUCGGCACAAUUAAAACAAGGAGUCCUAGGUAUUAAAGUUAAGAUUAUGUUACCCACUGCUGUUGACUCGAAGACAGGAUUGCCAUCCAUUUUGCCUGACAACAUUUCUGUUCUGGAGCCCAAAACCGAAACUAUAGAAGCAUUGUGA